CCUACCGGCGGCUAUGUGUUGCGCGCCUCGGCUUCAGAAAAAGAGAGAGAGAAGGGAAACUUCACAGAAAUGGCGGAGAGUGCGACGUCUCUCAAAGGCUUGCGAGCCCAAAUGGCUGCCGCUGCCCAGGCCCAGGCAGAAGAGCGCCGCAGCCUGUCUGGGAACAGCCCAGGGCCGACACCACCCAGCACAACCGCUAAACCUCAGGGGCCCAAGCCAGUCAUCGACGGCGCCGUAAUCAGGAUAGACGAAAAACUACGAGUAGCAAAGGAGAGACGGGAGGAGGCGGAUCGACAACAAGCACUGCGAGAUAACCAGAUAGUGGAGCGGGAGCGCAAGGCCAAGCUGCAGGUGGAGCGACAGAUGGAGGAGCGCCAGAAGAAGCUUGACGAGCAGCGCAGGAAGGAGGAGCAGAAGCGCUCCGCCGUGGAGGAGAAAAGGAAGCUGAAAGCGGAGGAGGAGAAGGAGCACUACGAGGCGGUGAUGCGGCGGACCCUGGAGCGCAGCCAACGGGUGGAGCAGCGUCAGAAGCGAUGGUCUUGGGGAGGUCUGUCCACAGACUCGGACGGACGAGCGGGAGACUCUGAUGCCAGCGUCUCGUCUCCAGUAGCUAUAGAAAUCACCCCCGCCUCGCCACAAAAGCCCCCAAGGAAAAAGCAAGUGGACAAGCGCUCCACGUCCACCAUGAACCUGAAGCAGUCGGGCGACGCUGCCAUCAGCAAGCGCCUUUCCACCUCCUCCGCUACCCUCAUCAAAACCCCUGAUAAAAGUGCUAAGCGGAGGAGUGCGUCUUGUCAACGGUUGCCUAGCAAUGGCAUUGCUCCUCAGGCUAAGGAAGACGGCAAAAAGCCCCAGGUGGAAAAGCCAGGCCGCAGUGUGAUGAAGAGAAGCUCCUCCCUCUCUCGGGGGGGCGGGGUCCGAGCUCAGACCCCUCCCGCCAAACCCGAUAAGGGCACCACGGACGAUCAAGCUCGCAGGGCCCAGCAGGCAUGCGUUGCGGACGGAGGGGUCCUGAGCCGCCUGCUCACCCCCACCCAGGCCUCACUAGCUAGGAGCAAGAGUGCCGCCGCCCUGUCCGCGGACGGAGCAGACGCUGCAGAGUGUCACAUGUGUCCUCGCUCAGCCUCGGCCAGCCCGCUACCACCCCCGCCCCGCGGGCCGCUGCGGAGCCGCAGCAUCGACCGGCAGAAGAGCGGCAUGACGGGCUCCGUCUCGGCCGACGGCGCCCUGGACCCCUCUCUGAAGGACAGAAGGUUAACCUCGCCCAUGAGCCAGCGGCCCCCGUCCCCGUCCAACUCCCUGGGACGCAACAGGUCACCCUCCCCGGCCCCCCCUCCCGCACCCAAGAGGACCCCGUCCCCGGCACCCAAGAGAGCCCCCUCCCCAGCACCCAAGAGGACCCCCUCCCCAGCGGCAGCCAAGCAAGGCUCACGCUCCCGGCCCCCUUCCCCCGGCGCGGGGAAACAGCGCCCCCCGUCACCACAGCCCAACGCCGCGGCCCCCGCCUCUAAACCCCCUCCCAUCCAGAAGCCGGCUCUCACCCCGACGGGACCCCAAACCCUGCGCAAGAGGGACUCCAAGUCCAAGGACCUUCUACCCGGUCAGCCCGUGCACCCCCCGUCCCCCGACUCGGGCCAGGCCAGCGCCUCCCCCAGCCCCUCUCCCGCCCCGCCGGCCCCCCACAGCAAGAGCAAGGACAAAGACGACCCCAAGGCGAUGGUGGGGACCAGCUCCAAAGAGGAGGCGGCCAAGAUGCUGGCGGAGAACCGCCGGCUGGCUCGGGAGCAGAAGGAGAAGGACGAGCUGCUCCGGGUACAGAGGGAGGAGGAGGAGAGGCUGAGGAAGGAGGAGGAGCAGCGGCUGGCGGAGGUGGCCCGGCUGGAGCGCGAGGAGCAGCAGAAGAGGCAGGCGGAGGAGAAGGCCCAGCGGGACGAGGAGGAGGCGCUGCUGGCCGAGGAGGACCGGGUGAGGCUGGCGGCCGAGGAGGUCCUGAGGCAGGAGGAGCUCCAGCGCGAGCGCGAGGAGGCGGAGGCCCGCGCCCUGGAGGAGGCGGAGCGGGUGCGGGUGGAGCGCGAGCGCGUCCUGCAGCAGAACCAGCAGGAGCGCAUGGAGAGGAAGAAGAGAAUUGAGGAAAUAAUGAAGAGAACAAGGAAAGGUGAAGACAGCGAUAAGAGAGACGGUGAUGAUGAUGAUAAAGACGACCAGGACGAUGGUGAAGAUGACGUGGACGACAUUGACUGUGAAGCUAAGGAGGACGACAUGGUCCAUCAUGGGGAUGCGGACGGGGAGGCCGACGCUGCUAAGGAAGAGGAGUGCUGCGUGGCCGGCGGUGAGCCGGCCAGCGAGAGGCAGACGCCCGUGGGCAGCGUCAACGGCCAGUCGGACACCGACGACAAGGAGAACAACAAUGACAUGAGCACAGACGGGACCCAGGCCGUCAGCCCCAUUCCCAAGAGCCGGCUGGUGGAGGGCUCGGAGUUCCUGAACGAGGAGGAUGCCUCCAAGGCGGGCCUGGUGCCGGGGGUCAACGGCAAGCCGGGCCCCUGGAGCUUCGAGGAGCUCAUCGACCUCAACGUGCACUCCAAGAGCCGGCCCCUGCUGCAGUCCGAGGACCGCAACCAGGGCCUGAUCGACUGUGACGGGGCCUCCGACGGGCCCCCCCGCGGGGGCUUCGAGGACAACGGGGCCCCCGGGGUCAAGAGCAUGCAUUCCUCCCCCCAGCCCCUGGAAGCCCUGGCAGAGGUUUGAUGCCCCUGGCUCCGCCCUCUGCCUCGUACUAUUGCACUCCCAGACGUCCCAUCCGGCCGAGCUCUUCCAAACACUCCUCCAUUAGCCCCUCCCCCUCCGUUCAACUGCCCCUCCUAUUGGACCUUCUGUUCUCACCCGGACCCUCUCAGCCAACCAACGUAGGACCGCAAGAUGGCGGAGAAACCGUACCUCCAGAACCACAAAGAAAAAAUAAGAUCAUACCGUUUCAGAAGAAAUGGUGUACUCUCCCAUCAGGUCAUUCUUUGUCCCCUCAAACUUCUACGUGCGUGGUUUAGUUUUCUCUGGUUUGGUUUAUAUUUCUAAAUGUUUUUUAUGGUUUUCACUUUGCCAGUGGUGAGGUGUUGUAAUUUAUAAGUCCUUUUCUCUUUUGAUGUCCAUUGCUGUUCAUCAUAUGUCGUUUCCCCUCCCCCCCCUUGUCUUGCUCGCUCGCUCGCUCUCUCUCUCUCUUGAGAUUAUUCCAGAAUGAACGCACACCUGGGUGGAUGUAAAGGGGAGUGGAAUUGUGAUUUCAUGAAAGGAACAUUUAUAUGUGGUCAUUCUCCUGAAAGUAAUAGUUUUAUCAGUAAUGCAAAAUUAAAUUUCAACAUCCCCGCAACAUGGCCUUAUAGGUAUUGCAAUGUACUUUCUGGGUGAGUUAACAACCCAAGUUGCUUAUGAUUCAUACACAUGAUAAAGCAUAUUCAGAAGAGGAAAAAGGUGUGUCUACAAGGCUGGUGUUCACACACUUUGGAUACAGCUUCCUGGAAGGAUCGAUUCUCCUGUACUGUCUUUCCCUCCCAAUAUCUCCCACCUAUCUUUUCUCCUUUCACCAGACGUUUUUUUUAGAUUAAGGUGAGCACAAGUGCUCCCUACAACACCCUUCACCCUAGACCCCCAGGGGCCCGUCACAACCAACACCUUUGACCAUAGUUCCCUGGGGGCCUCUGGGAAUCAAUGGGCUCAGUGCCGUGAACUCAAUGUUCAUAGAAGUUUCCGCUGUCGUCCGUUGUGUUUUUCCGUUCAUUGGAACUGACUUUAGGCGUUCGUAACUUGACUUGUGUUUCGCUUAAUUUACAUGUGUACAUAGACUCAUUGUUUAUAGAUACUCGCAUUAGAAUAGAAUCCAGUGAAAGCUGUCGUAGACCAUGGUCCAAUCUGAAAUGAUUGCACCUGUUCCACUUAAGGUGUGUGUGUGUGUGUGUGUGUGUGUGUGUGUGAGUGUGUGUGUGUGUGUGUUCAGUACUCCACAGUGGUGUGGCUUCUGUCUCACAUCCCCGAAGUUGCUCAGGGCUAAUGCUGCAGAAGUAAAUUCACUUAAGGGCCGACAAGUUUUUAAACAUGCUGCAAUGGAGUCCUAUGGUCUAUACUGUUAUCUGUGUGGGUCCUUUGACUGUUGUGUGUGUGCUAUCCCAAUAACCUUAAUAACUAAAGAUUCUCUACAAAAUACACGCAAAGCAAGCGUCUCUUGGCAAAAAAAAAAACAUGAUUCUAAUUUAUAUAUAUAUAUAAUUUGGCUGUUUGUAUAUGAAAUAUAUUUCUACAUAUUUCUAUGUAUGUAUUUAAGUGUUAUUUUUGUAUAUAAUCAGUAUUAGGCCAACUGAAGCCAUGUUAAGGAAAGGGUGUUGUCGUCUGGUGUGUCUGUUACUGUACUUGAGCUAAGGGCUUGGGUUGUGAGUAGAGCGCUGCCUUGCCUUUGGGCACAGUGCGUGUGUCCCCCCCCACCCCAACCCACCCCAUCCCCUCAGACUUUACACUGCGCUCAUCUCUAGACUAAAACCGUGGCAGGGAGUUACAGGGGGUCUUCUGUGUUCCAGGGAAUGUUUAAUUUCGAUGGCAUUUUGGUCCUAAAUCUCUGAUCCAGAAUCACUGGCUUGGUCCGCAGUGGUUGGAUGAAGGUGUACAAAAGAGCACCUUCACUGCUUUCUAUGUCGGCUUACUCUGGUCUCCCAUUAUGUGACAGGAUGUGGAUUACUGUUGGAUUGAUAACGCAGGCUUGUUGACGUGGACUCCCACCAAUGCACUUUUGGAAGUGUGCAACAGUGCACGUUGACCAUUGUUAAACACCAUUGGGACGGGAAAGAAUUUAGAGUUUGGUCAGUCAUGUCCAGCAUUAUCUUUUUUUCUUGAUGCACACAAACGUGUUGAAAGCUUGAAGUUCGUAACGCUUGACAUUUCCAAAUAUGCGUUAUUUUUUUAUGGACCUUUUUUUUCGCCUCCCUAGUUUUUGGACCUUCAAGUGUGUCUGGUUAACUCCACUCACUUUGUAAAUAUAUAUCUACUGGCUAGACCAUAUAGCAUAGAGAUACGCUUUAAAUAACAAGCAUAAAGAAUGUAACGCACUCAAUAAGCCGCCCUUAAUCAUUCCACAUGUUUCUGAGCGCAACACAGGUUUAGCAUUCAUCCAUUAUUUAUCCCAAAGGUUUCAACGAAAAUGUUAAAUUUUAACUUUUUCAAAAUUAACACGCUGUGUAUGAGGCUUUUUUUUAUGAAUUACUGGUUUGUGAGGCAGUUGUACUACUGCAGAAUAAAAUUGGUUGUGAUGGAAUUGGCUUGUACAGUCACUGUCCACAUACUUGGUUGACUAUUUCAUUUUUUUUCUUAACUUAGAAUUACCCACUCCCUUACCCUCACAGUGAAGCCCUUUGGCAUGUUGAGUCCUUUUCUAUAUCGUAGGCACAACUAGGCAUACAGAACGCAAACGUGUAGGGGACAAUUGCUGCUUGCUGCUCGAAGGGACUCCUAGAUUUCACGCUCUGAUAAUUUUUUUUAUUUUAAUGUUUAAUACCGGUUACAUUUCUGCAGGCUGAGGGAUAAAAAGCGUCGCUGGUGGAGUUGAACCGCUCUUUAUCGACAACACGGUCUAGCGCUAGAGUAGAACGGUGCCUUAGGUUAAGACUUUUAUUUUGAUAGAAUUACAUAAAUAAUACGAAUUUGUCGCAUCCAUACCUCGGCCACGACAAUCAGUCGACCCAACUAGGGCGACAGUGUGAAUUGAAUAUUUGUUUCUCCCUCAUUCUCUCGUUCGCUCUGAAUAGAGGGUUUUUGUUCAAACCUAAUAAAGCCCUGUCCAAAAAUUAUAUUUGUAAAUACAUCUUAAGUGUACUGAAAUUAUACAAACUGUUUAAAAAAAAUAAACUUUUGCAAAACUA